GCGAGGUCUAAGGGCAAGAGGGAAGUGGCGGGCGGGGACUGAGGGGGGCGUGCAGGUAAACCGACAAGCCGGGGGUUGCGGGCAUGGCCGAAGCCAGGAAGCGGCGGGAGCUGCUUCCCCUGAUCUACCAGCAUCUGCUGCAGGCGGGCUAUGUGCGCGCGGCGCGGGAAGUGAAGGAGCAGAGCGGCCAGAAAAGUUUCCUGACUCAGCCUGUAACCCUUCUGGACAUCUAUACACACUGGCAACAAACCUCAGAGAUUGGCCAGAAGCAGAAGGCAGAGGAAGAUGCAGCCCUGCAGGCCAAGAAGACCCGCGUGUCAGACCCCGUUAGCAGCUCAGAGAGCUCAGAGGAGGAGGAGGAGGAGGAGCAGGAGGCAGAAGCGGAAACCACCAAAGCCAUCCCGGCACUAGCAUCUACCAACUCCUCAGCCACGGGGAAGGUUUUGCCUUCAGGUGUGAAAGAAAAAGCCAAGGCAAAGACCAAGAAAGCCAGCAAGACGGUGAACUCCACGGCACACCCUGCCUCCGGGAAGGCAGUAGCCCACCUCCUCACCAGGAAGUCACCCCAGAAGGCGGCAGGGCCCUCGGCAAAUACCAUCCUGGUCUCAGAAACUGAGGAGGAGGGCAGUGUCUCGGCCCUCAGAACCACUGCCAAGCCUGGAAUGGCCGCCGCCAGCCAGGCCGCCAGCUCCAGCGAGGACACCUCCAGCUCGAGUGAUGAGACGGACGUGGAGGUGAAACCUGCAGUAAAACCACCACAGGUCAAAGCCUCAGCAGCUGUGGCCAAGGAGUCUCCAAGGAGAAGGGCAGCCCCGACCCCAGGGAAGGCGGGAUGUGUGACACCCCAAGUCAGAGGGGGUGCCAUGACCCCGGCCAGCAGGGCCAAGAAGCCAGAAGAGGUCUCAGAGAGCAGCGAGGACUCCGAGAGUGAGGAGGGGGCCCUUGCGGGGACACCCCGCCAGGUGAAGGCCUCCGAGAAAACUGUCCAGGUCAGAGCUGCCUUGGGUCCUGCCAAGGGGACCCCUGGGAAAGGGGCCACCCCAGCACCCCCUGGGAAGGCAGGGAGGCCAGAGGAGGACUCAGAGAGCAGCAGCGAGGAGUCGGACAGCGAGGAGGAGGCGCCAGCUGCCCAGACUCUGCUGCAGGCAAAGCCCUCAGGGAAGAUCCCCCAGGUCAGAGCCACCUCAGCAGCACCUGCCCAGGUGCUUUCCCCUGGGAAAGGGGCCCCUCCAGCACCCCCUGGCAAGGCAGGGCCUGCAGCCAUCCAGGCCCAGACCAGGGGGCAGGAGGAGGACUCAGAGAGCAGCAGCGAGGAGUCAGACAGCGAGGGGGAGGCGUCCACAACCGUGCCCCAAACCGCGAGCCUGGCUCAGGCAAAGCCCUCGGGAAAAAACUCCCAGGUCAGAGCUGCCUCAGCCACAAGCACGGGGCCCUCAGCGAAGAGUGCUGUCCCAACGCUCCCUCGGAAGGCAAGGGCUGUAGCCGCCCAGGUGGCAAAGUGGGAUGCGGACUCCGAGAGCAGCAGCGAGGAGGAGUCGGACAGCGAGGGGGAGGCGCUGAGGGCAGCGGCCUUGGCCCAGGCAAAGUCCUCGGGGAAAGUCCUGCAGGUCAGACCUGCCUCAGGUCCCACCCAGGGCCCCCCUCAGAAGGCCGGGCCUGCAGCCGCCCAGGUCAAGACUGAAAGGUCCAAGGAAGACUCGGAGAGCAGUGAGGAGGAGUCAGACAGUGAGGAUGAGGCCCCUGCAGCCAAGACUCCAGCCCAGGCGAAAUCAGCUGUGAAAACUUCUCAGACCAAGGUCUCCCCAAGGAAGGGCACCCCUAUUACACCCGCAUCUGCCAAGGCCCCACCAGUGCAAGUAAGCACACCAGCCCCCUGGAAAGCAGGAACGGUGACUUCGCCAACCCGCACAGCAUCCCCAGCAGUGGUCAGGGGCACCCAGAGGCCAGAGGAGGACUCUUCAAGCAGCGAGGAGCCGGAGAGUGAGGAGGAGACAGCUCCCGCCGCCUCAGUGGGACAGGUGAAGUCUGUAGGGAAAAGCCUCCCAGUGAAAGCUGCCUCGGCACCCACCAAGGGGCCCUCAGGGGCACGGACCACCCCGGGGCUCGCUGGGAAGGCAGGGCCUGCAGUGGCCCAGGUCAAAGCUGAGGUGCAGGAAGACUCAGAGAGCAGUGAGGAAGAGUCGGACAAUGAGGAGGCGGCCUCAACUGCAGCACAGGUGAAGACCUCAGUGAAAACCCCUCAGACCAAAGCCAACCCAGCUGCCACCAGAGUGGCUUCAGCCAAAGGGGCAGCAUCAGCUCCUGGAAAAGGGGUUUCUGCAGCUGCUCAAGCCAAACUGGGGUCCCCAGCCAAGGUAAAGCCACCAGCAAGAGCCCCCCAGAGCAGUGCCGUCUCGGGCAGGGGCCAGGUGUCUGUGCCGGCUGUGGGGAAGGCACUGGCUGCAGCAGCCCAGGCCCAGCUGGGGCCGGUCAGGGGCCCACAGGAGGACUCGGAGAGCAGUGAGGAGGAGUUGGACAGUGAGGGGGAGGCGCCCGCUCAGGCGAAGCCCUCAGGGAAGACCCCCCAGGUCAGAACUGCCUCAGCCUCCACCAAGGGGUCCCCCAGGAAAGGGGCGGCCCCAGCACCCCCUGGGAAGGCAGGACCCCCAGCCGCCCAGGCCGGGAAGCGGGAAGAGGACUCGGAGAGCAGCAGCGAGGAGGAGUCAGACAGUGACGGGGAGACGCCGGCAGCUGUGCCCCCAGCCCAGGUGAUUAAAACCCCUCUGAUUUUUGUCGACCCUAAUCGUAGUCCAGCUGGCCCAGCUGCUACCCCCGCCCAAGCCCAGGCUACAAGCACCCCGAGGAAGGCCCAGGCCUCAGAGAGCACACCCAGGAGCUCCUCUGAGAGUGAGGAUGAGGACGUGAUCCCCGCUACGCAGUGCUCGACUCCUGCCAUUAGGACCAGCGUGGCGACUGUGCCCACGGCCCACCCCAGGGCAGCCCUCAGAGCCAGCAUGGUGGGGGCCGGCAGCAGUGGGGACACCAGUCGGGCGUCUGAAGGCAAGAAACAGGAGACGCCAACCACUCAGGUGACAAAGAGGAACCCAGCUCACCUCCCGCUGACCCAGGCUGCCCUGAAGGUCCUUGCCCAGAAAGCCAGUGAGGCCCAGCCUCCUGCUGCCAGGACCCUGUCUUCAAGUGGGACCGACAGUGCUCUGGGAACACUGCCCAUGACGAGUCCCCAGAGCACCCCCGCGCAGGCCAGAGGGGCCAACAAGCUCAGAAAGCCUGAGGUUCCUGCAACCCAGCGGGCCAUAGCCACUCCCUCGGGACGCCCCAAAGCCAAGGCCUCUGGGACCUCAGGUGACAGCAAGGACAGCAGUGGCAGCUCUUCAGGGAGUGAAGAAGAUGCUGAGGGGCCCCAGGUGGCCCCAUUGACCCACAGGCCAGUAGGCCCCGCCCCCUCCAGGAGGGAGACCUUGGUGGAAGAGACCACAGCAGAGUCCAGCGAUGAUGAGGUGGUGGCACCUUCCCAGUCUCUCCUCUCAGGUUAUGUGACCCCUGGGCUGACUCCGGCCAGUUCCCAGGCUUCAAAGGCCACUCCCAAGCCAGACCCCAACCCCUCGGUUUCCUCUACUCCGGCCACCAGAGAUGCCCUGGACGGCAAGCAGGAAGUGGAGCCCCAGCAAGCAGCAGGCACCAUGUCCCCUAAAACAGGCAGAAGAGAGGCUAGCGCCACACCUCAGAAGCCCCAGAAGCCCGGGAAGGGGCCCAGGAGCCCCCAGGCCUCCAUGCUGGCGCUGCAGAGUGACAUCACCCGGCGCCUGCUGAGCGAGCCCUGGCCCCUGAGUGAGGCGCAGGUGCAGGCCUCGGUGGUGAAGGUGUUGGCGGAGCUGCUGGAGCAGGAGAAGAAGAAGGCCGUGGACGCUGCCAAGGAGGGCAGCCGGGAGGGCAGCCGGAAGAGCCGCCUGGGCAACAAGCGGAAGCUCUCCGAAGACCAGACGGCCGCUGGUGCCCCCAGGAGCAAGAAGAAGAAGCAGCUGGCGGCCGGGGAUGGCGGGGAGCGUGCGGUCUCCCCAGAAAAGGCCCCCAGGACUUCCAAGGGGAAAUCCAAGAAGGACAAAGCGAGUGGUGACAUCAAGGAGAAGAAGGAGAAGGAGUCUCCCGGCUCCCAAGGGGCCAAGGAGAAGCCAGAAGGGGAGCCGGGGAAGGUGAAGGGUGAGGGGGGAGACCAAGGCAACCCAAAGAGCAAGAAGGAGAAGAAGAAAUCCGACAAGAAAAAAAAAGACAAGGAAAAAAAAGAAAAGAAGAAGAAAGCAAAAAAGGCCUCAACCAAAGACCCUGACUCACCAUUGCAGAAGAAAAAGAAGAAAAAGAAGAAGACGGCAGAGCAGACUGUCUGAGGGACACCAGGCGGCAGAAGAUGAUGGCCAGCUGCGGUGUCCAUGCUGGCCAAGCCAGUGAGCCCUGCAGAGAGGCUGGUCCCAGGAGGAGGAACCCCGCCCAGCUCCCGUGACCUCCACUCACUGACCCUGGCCUGACUUCUGUGCCGACAAAGGAUGCCUCGUAUGGACAUGUACAAUAUAUAUAUAUAUUUUUUAAGUGACCUGCCCCUCCCUUCUCAGACCCAACAUGCCCAGAGGUCUCGGGACUUUCCACCUCUGCCCUGCAGACCCAGUGAGGCUUAGCCUGCGAUUCCUUCCAUGCCCCUGGUCUCCAGCUAUGCUGAGGCUUUGUCCUCUUUUUGUCAGUUUUCUCCCAUUUUGUUUGUGUGUUUUUUGUAAUAACUCAGAAAAUAAAAGACUUGAAGGAAA